AUGCUAAUCGGAGUUUGCGGCGGCAUCUGCGCCGGCAAGCACUCAGUCCUCCAAUAUCUCGUCCAAAAACACUCCUUCCAAGUCCUCACACUCACACGCCCAACACCCACUCCAGACGUCGAGAAAUCCGCCUUUGAAGCCCACGUACCCACAACAAUUCCCAACUCAGAGAGCUUCCAAACCGUGAAAUUCUCGGACAUCAACUCCCUCCUCGACUACGCAACAGCAAACUGGCGAGACAACUUCGUUACAACAUCAAUUUACGACGAGAGUAUCGUGGAAGCUCUAUCUCGACGACCGUUCUUCACCCUCCUCCACAUCGACGCACCCAUCUCUGUACGAUGGCAGCGCUUCCGGGAUCGAUGUGCUGAAGCUUCCCUAACACCCCCAACGCUCGAGCAAUUCGUCCUCCGCAACGAUGAACACAUGUACUCCACCUCCAGCAAUCUCGCGACCAUGGCGUCGCAGGCGCAGAUCAAGCUGCUCAAUUCCACGGCGUCCCUCAGUAAACUCUGGACUUCGCUAGAUGCGCUGAAUCUCACAGACCAAAGCCGCAUACGGCCGACCUGGGAUCAUUACUUCAUGAAACUCGCCUCCCUUGCCGCCAGGAGGAGUAAUUGCAUGCGUCGCCAGGUAGGCUGCGUCUUAGUCCGCGAGAAACGUGUCAUGGCAACAGGCUACAACGGCACACCUCGAAACGUCACGAACUGCAACGAAGGAGGCUGUCCACGUUGCAACGGUGGGGGAGGCGGUGGCGCGGAUCUCAGCACUUGUCUCUGCAUCCACGCGGAAGAGAAUGCAUUGCUGGAAGCUGGUCGAGAACGCGUCGGCGAUGGUGCGGUGCUGUACUGCAAUACUUGCCCUUGCUUGACGUGCACGAUCAAGAUCGUGCAGGUUGGGAUCACGGAGGUGGUUUACAGCCAGAGCUAUUAUAUGGAUGCUGAAGCGGCCAAGAUUUUCAAGGCGGCGGGGAUCAAAUUAAGACAGUUCUCGCCACCGAGGGAGGGACUCGUCAAUCUGAUGGUGGAAGACGAACUUUUGACGAAUGGCCAUGCGUGA